UUGAGUACUGACAAAGUUUUAUCAAAGAACGAGGACAUUAAGGCUGUAAUAAAGUAUAUCGAAGACUUAAAAAGUUUAUCGAAAACACUUUUUGAAAGCAAAGAUACUCAGACUAGUUUUAAACAUAACACAAAUGAGUUAUACAUACCACCCUUGGAUUUGUCUCGAAUAAAUUCAAGUCGUCUAAAAUCGAGCUGUUCGUCUUUCGAAAACAUACAAAAUAUUCAAAAUUCUCGAACACAUAUGAAUGCCGCAUCAGAGAGUGAAAGCUCAACAAGUAUUUUUAUCACCAAAAGGAAUCAUCAUGAUGACCUUGUUAAUUUAAAUAAUUUAGACAAAAUGUUGCACGAAGAAUAUUUGAAAGUGAUGCGUCUAAAAUCUAUGUUGAAGAAAAAGGAGCAGUCGUUGAUCGAUAGAACGAAGGAUGAAAUAACGUUAUUGGAGAAUAGAAAAAGAGAGUUAAAAAUGAGUGGUAACGUGAAUGAGAUUCCAUCACUGAAGAAGAAGCAAAGAGGAUUGUUACUCAAUCUUCAGCAGGAGCGAUAUGAACUUGACAAGUAAGUUGAAAUAAUUAGAAUAGUUUGAACCAGAAACAGC